UUCAAGGAUGAAAGGAAUCUUUUAUUUUCACUUUAUGGAAAAUUGUUAAUAUUUACAGGACAAACUCAAAGCAGGCUGAUUGAUCAUCAGAUUUCAACGUUGCAACAAUGAGUUGGGGGGAGCUGUAUGCCCUGCUGGGGGGUGUCAACAGGCACUCUACCAGCCUCGGAAAGAUUUGGCUUUCUGUUCUUUUCAUCUUCCGCAUAACUAUCUUGGUUCUGGCUGCAGAAAGUGUCUGGGGGGAUGAACAGUCGGACUUCACAUGUAACACUCAGCAACCUGGAUGCAAGAACGUCUGCUACGACCACUUCUUCCCCGUGUCGCACAUCCGCCUGUGGUGCCUGCAGCUGAUCUUCGUCUCCACACCGGCCCUGCUGGUGGCCAUGCAUGUUGCCUACAGGAACCGUGAGGACAAAAGGACCAUGUUGGCUUCAAAUGACACAGAGAAGGUAACUGAUGUAGAGCUGCAGACACUGAAGAAGAGGCGACUGUCCAUCAUAGGUCUCCUGUGGUGGACCUACACCUGCAGCUUGUUCUUCAGGCUCAUUUUUGAAGGUGGUUUCAUGUACGCCCUCUAUUUUGUCUACGAUGGCUUCCAGAUGCCCCGACUGGUGAAGUGUGAGCAGUGGCCUUGCCCCAACAAAGUGGAUUGCUUCAUCUCAAGACCCACAGAGAAAACAGUCUUCACCAUCUUCAUGGUGUCUUCCUCAGUCAUUUGCAUGAUACUGAACAUUGCAGAAUUGGCCUAUCUCAUCACCAAGGCACUCAUGAGGUGCUCAUCCAGGGAAGAGACAAGGAAGCGCCUCUACUCAAACACAGACUGUCCAAUGCAGGACAUCACUGUCUUGCACAACAAAACAAAUGAAGCGCUGCUGGCAUCUGCUGCAGAUUCAACCAGCAGAAAGUCUCUGUCCUGAAGGAAACUGUCAGGCCUGGAGUGAGUCUGAGGAGGAGAAAAGUAUCGACUUUAAACCCCUUAAAGGUUACUGAUGGAGUUUGUUACUUCGACUCAAGCUGUCCACCUACCACAGUCAGGAUGCCCCUCCUCCAUGAUCUUUAAGCAUUUAUGGG